AUGGUGCUCCACAAGAACAAAUGGGAUCACAAGGCAAAAAUAUCCUACCUCAAGAAACAUGGACUAACUCGGCCCAAACAGGCCCCUCAGAUCACUCCGAAGUGGUCAUCCAAGAAGACGUCCGAGGCUAGAAGGACACUCAACCUUGACGACUCCGAUGACAGCGAUUGGGACUCAGAAGAUGAAGCAUUGAUCAAUCAUUUCUACCCAGAAAUCGCCGAGCAAAAUAUCCUGGUAGAUCAGAAGUUGAAAAUCAAGAGACAGAUCAUCAAUGGACUUCGGGAGAAGAUGAAUGAGGAACAGGAAAACGACGGCGAAGAAGAAAACAUCGAGGAACAACAGGAAGACGAGAUGGGUGGAAUUUACUUGGGAACACAACCUGAAGAGGAGAUCGAGCUUCCAGAACUAGAUUCUAGACUCGCUGAUUUCGUGAUUACAGACCUCAAGCCAUCCAAGAAUAGGAAGUUGUUGAAGAACAAGAUUCUGGAUAAUCUCUUAGAAGAUUAUGGUAUAUCCAGCUACAAGGACACGGUGAGCAACACCAACUACAACGACACAAAAAAGGAAAAGAAUGUGGACAGACUCACUGCAGACCAGUUACACGGGCUCCGAAUUGGUGAAUCAGAUAAUUCUCCCGAUAGCUCAAUCCGGACUUUGACAGAAGAGGAAAAAUUCGAACAUACAGAGAGAUCAAAAAAAUUGGAGAGUGCUAAACUUUACGAGCAAAUGAAGAAGAAAUUUGGCGAAUCGACUGCCAAAAGCAAGGUUUUGGAGAUCAACAACUUCAACGCACAAGACCUGCGACUGAUGGAAGUGUUGAAUCUGAAGUUGACGCAGACCAACGAGAAAAUCACAUUGGACGACGAUUUGAAUUUGCUUCUUGGAGGUAGCAGUGAGCACCACACUGAGAGUUCGGCUCAAAAUGUGGAUUUGGACACUUUAUUGGCACUGGCUACUCAGGGAGAUAAACCAGACUCAAAGAUCGAUACUCAUAAUUAUGGAAAGGCUUCAAAAGUCGACGAAGAUUUUCUAGACGAUUUACUUGGAUAA